AUGGAUUAUAUUCCAGGUGGUAACUUUAUGACAUUACUUGAACGAUAUGAAAUGAAUGAAAAUUCUGCAAGUUUUUAUUGUGCUGAAGUUGUGCUUGCACUUGAUGCUAUUCAUAGUAUGGGUUAUAUUCAUCGAGAUGUUAAACCAGAUAAUAUUUUACUUGAUGUUUAUGGACAUAUAAAAUUAGCAGAUUUUGGUACUUGUAUUGAAAUGGAUAAAGAUGGUCUUGUUCGAUCUAAUAUUGCAAUAGGUACGCCAGAUUAUAUAUGUCCCGAAAUUUUAAAAUCUGUAAGUACACCCGGUGUUUAUGGACCUGAAGUUGAUUGGUGGUCUGUUGGUGUGUUUCUUUAUGAAAUGUUACUCGAUGAGACACCAUUUGAUGCUGAAUCAUUAGUUGGAGUAUAUCAUAAAAUAAUGAAUCAUCGAGAAAAUCUUAUCUUUCCAGAAGAACCAGUUUUAUCUAAUGCAGCUCGUACACUUAUAUGUGCAUUUCUUAAUGAUCAAUCAACACGUUUAGGUAAAAAUGGUGUCGAAGAAAUAAAAGCUCAUCCAUUUUUUACAAACCAAAAUGAAUGGACAUGGGAAACAAUACGACAAGGCACUUCAGCUCCUAUCGUCCCAUUAUCAACAAAUGAUGAAGAUACAAAUAAUUUUAAAGACCUUGAAAAAAAUGGUCAUUCUUCAAAAGAAUCAUUUUCUGUUAGUAAAACAUUUGUUGGAAAUCAACUUUCAUUUGUUGGAUUUUCAUUUUCCAAUGAAGCACAGUAAGAUAUUUUAUAUCAUCUAUUAAAUUUUGAUAAUGAAAUCAUUUAAGACUCUAAAAAGAUUUAUUGUAUUUAAUUAGAAGCGUUUUUUUUGUUUUGAUCGAAUGUCAAAGAGUCAUCAUCAUUAAUUGAGUAGAUUUAUGUUCAGUUAUGUUUUUAUGUAUAGUGUAUGUAUUGUUAUCUGUCAUCACUCUCAGAAUUAUGAUUCUUAAAGUCGUACGACUAACGAGAAAUUUUUUCUAGAUGCUCUCUCAGAUUUCAAUGAAUUUUUGUCUAUAGAUACUAUAUAGUGUCCUUGUAAAAGCCCUAAAAUGAUUUGGCGGCAUAUUGAGAUUUCUCUAAGCUAUCGAAUUUUUACUAUGCUUACUUUCUGAAGACUCCUGUAAAAGAUCCCAAAUUUUCGGAAAAAUCGAAUUUUGACCUAAAACUUUACAUAUUUAUAGACCUUAACUAUACUAGUUCCCAUAUAAAAGGUGAGAAAUUUUGAACAAAAUCUCUUCAAGAAAUGAGAAUUUCAAGAUAUAGACCCUUUUCCAAAGAUACUUUAUAGGGCAUGAUUUUUUUCAUGGAAGCCAGUAUGGUUAUGGUCUAUAAAUAUGCAAAGUUUCAAGUCAAAAUUCGAAGAUUCGAUUUUUUCGGAAACUUGGAAUACUCUACAGGAACCUCUUGAAAAUAGACAUAUUAGAAAUUCAAUGACUUAGCUAAAUUUCAAUAUACAUACAAAUCAUUUUAGGGAACUUGAAAAGAUUUUUAAAAUAUUGUGACAAAGACCGGAAUGACCCCGUAACUUAUUCGAUAGCUAGAAUUUCCAAAUGUAACGGAAAUCUGUACUGUCUUUGGUGACAAAAUAGAUUUGUCUAUUUUUAGAAAAUUUAUUACGAACCCAAGAAUUUCUAAUAACACCCGAUAGUCAUUGCUUUAGUUAACAACUGUCACGAGAGUAGCCACCUUUGAUGACGAAAAAGAUUCAAAUUUUUUCUUGAACUGAACACGAAAGCAUUUGCGCUACAAGGAGUUACAUGACUGUUAGCGUUCUCUCUUCUCUCUAUUUGUGGUGCGAGAGAGAUAUAUGUAUACGUAUGUGC